CUCUUUCCUAGCCUUCUUCUUCCUCUCUCAAACCCAAAUCUGGGUUUCAUCACACAAAAUUAACGAUCUGAAGAAGUUAGGCUUCCGUAACUCUGUUAACAUGGAUUUUUAUAGAGAAGUUUGAUCUUGUUAAAAACUUCUCUACAAAAAUCCACCACAACAUGGUCGGAACCUUGUCUAAACAGCUUUGCCCCUGCAAUGUUUUCAUAGGACGACUCCUCUGCAGAAAAUGGCGACAAGGACGCUCGAGUAGCAACCGGAACGGAACAGAAAUGCUGGAUUUUAACUCCACUGAACAAAGAUUUGGGAAUUGGAGAUAUGGGUUUUGUGAGGAAAGUAACUGUUGUUGGAGAAAGAAUUGAGAGGCUCAGCAUCUUGGGUUGCUUCGCUUAUGCCCACCACUCUAGCUUGGUUCCAGUACCUGUCCUUUGUUCUAUAAUGUAGAUAAGGUUAUCGCCUCCGACGGUCGCUCGCUCCCCGCUUUUUGAAGGAGUUCAGUUUAUGGUAUUUUGAAGAACUUAUCUAAAAUCAAUCCCUUUAAAUGCCUUCAAAUGGCAUGAACAAGCGGAGGAGAAGGUAAGGCAAGCCACUUAACAGAUUGUGGAUUCCAUCAGAGACGAGGUCGGAGGUGAAGAGGAAUUAACGGCUGUGAGCUGGGAUGCAGAGGAGGAAGAGGUUGGAGGCAUCAGUGGAUCAAAGGACUUGCAGCUCAUGUGACUUUAAAUAGAAGCAAGAAACCAGAUCUGGGUUUCUCCAAUAUUCUCCAUCUCUGUCGCGUUCCCUUUCCUUCCAUCACAUGGUCUAUGUUUCCCUCUUCUUCAUUAAUUUCCCUUGCUAGUUUUCAUAGCAGAAAUAAUGUGGGAUUAAUUUGAGGAAUCAUUAGAGUUUUAAGCUUUAAUCUCCAUUUAUGGGGGGAAUUCUUGUUUGUGUGCUCUUGGGUUUUCGGUGGUUGGAUAUUUUGGGUUGAACUUUGUUGGUGUUUCUUUUGCUAUUCUUUCAAGAGAGCUUACUAGAUUGCGAUUGAAAAGCCAACUGAUAUCUCCUUGAAGAGGAAAAGAGACGAGCACUCCACGAGUCAACAUCCAUUUCUAUAACCUUUCUUUCCAAAGUGAAUUUCGAUCUAUGCUCAAAAAAUUCAACGAAACAAAUAGUAUUUGAAGCUCGAAACAAACUGGAUUCGAUGCUGGUUUAAGAACCCAGAUUUGGGUUGGUUUGAGAACCUAGAUCUGGGUUUGAGAAGAAGGGAAAAGAGAGAGAGAAAGAAUAAGAAGAAGAAAGAAGAAGGAUGAGCAGGGAAAGGAAAGGAGGAAGAAGAUAAAGUUUGAGAAAAAACCCAGAUCUGGGUU